AUGAAAAAGUAUGCCGAAGCCAUGCAACUUGUUACAGAUUCAUCAAUACCUACGAUCAUUGGUGGCCAAUCAAAUUCUCUCAUGGAUAUCCUUAAGCUCGCCAUUGGUGUUGUACUCGAUCCAGUUGGCACCAUUGGCUGUAUUUUGGGUGGUUGCAAAAAUUCGGAGCCAGUUAUAGAUAAUACCAAAUUUGAGAAUACCAUAAAAAUAGCUGAACAAGCUCGACAAGAUCUAGAAAAAGCAGAACAACUUCACAGUGAACAUUUUCAACAACAGUUAGCCGAGCAGAAUGAAUUGAUUAAGGCCAUGGGACAAAUGGCUAUGCUCGACUUGAGUAUCUUAAGUACGGAAGAAAUUGCUCAACUUCUCCUCGAAGCAACUCAAGAAAUCAGUUUGAUCAAAGAACAAUGGAGUCGCAUGAUUUGA